AUGGAGGCUCGACUCAACGUUGUUGAUCAAUUUGGAAAGACCGCCCUCCACCUGACGGCGUUCGGUGGCCAUCUUGAUGUUGUGCAGUUGCUCCUGAGCUACGGCGUUGAUCAACAUAUGAAGGACGAUGUUGGUGCAAAGGAUAUUCACUUGGCAGUUCGAGGUGGCCUCAUGGAGACAUUCCAAUAUCUACUCACCCAGCACAGCCAUUCCAAUCUUUGCACGGGGACAAGUCGCAUAAUCACUCAAUAUCUUGUGAACCCCUUCACCAGGCUUUUUGCCCAUUGGGACCCAACUACUCUCAUAACACCUGACUUUGAAAUGCCUGACAAUGAUGGAACUACAUUGCUGGCCUGGGCGAUUGAAGGUGGUUCCGAGGAAAUCCUAGAGCGAACACCAUUGUCCCGAGCUGCAGGCAAAGGAAACGAGCCUAUCAUCAAACUACUGCUCGCAAAUGGGGCUAACCUGAAUUUUGAAGAUACUCUCGGCCGUACCGCUAUGUUCUGGGCUGCGAAACGCGGUCAUGAAUCUUCAAUCAACCUGUUGACUGCUGACGGCAUUGAUUAUAAAAAGCAGCUGGCGAUCGCAAUUAUAAGUGGAGAUAAAUUAGCGACAGAAAACCUUUUACGGCCCAUACUUCGUCUGAGGCCAGAUUUUCCACAAGGGCCGAAUGUACCGAGAGUCGCGAAGCACUAUUCGCAUGAUGGACCGUGGGUACGAGAUCCAGCCGUCAUCAUCGAGGCCAAUAACACUUCUGCCGGGCCCUACGUGCUAGGAACCAACAUGGAAGAGUACCGAGCGAACUGGAAAAAGCAAAGGGCCGAGAGACAGGCGAAACUCAAGAGACUCAAGGCCGAAAAGCGACUGCAUGAGAUUAAAAUAUUGGACUUCAUCAUAAUGUGGCCACCAGUUGACAUGAUGCGAAGGGAUGGCCGGACAGAUGCCGAGAUUGAAUCGGCUUUGGAAAAAUACUACGUCGGUCCUCAGCUUUAUCUGCAACCCGGCUUUCCCGCGGAUCCGGGCAUGAUUGAGCGGUUUGGCCCUGACUGGGGUCUCAAUGCGCGUGGCAUUUAUUACCGCCAGCAUUUUUCGCAGCGGUGGGUGACGCCGGAUUGCAAUCUCUGGGUUCCGUCUCUUGACGGCAUUGACUGGGCUCAUUCGACUGAGUCUAGUCGUCGCGCGAGGGCAAAGACUUUCCUCGGCCAUGUCUUGAAUAAUGAAAAAUGGAGGAAGAGUGAAUACGCCUGGGAAGCCGACGCCUGGGCAGAUGUCUUUGACCAGAUGAGAAGGGACCCAGUGCUGGCUAUUGAUAAGCAUGAAUACAAUGAAAUCAAGCAGAAGAGAGAUCUAGUGACAUGUCUGCUCGCUGGCGAACCCAAGUUCGUCAAACGAAUACCCGACGCAACUUUUGGAUUUGUUACCUUCAAGCCGACAGACUACCAGAGUGCCUGGGCGGAAUGGGACCUCGAUCAUGACCGUCUGGAGGCCCUCCUCCUUCAGCGACACUGUGGCCUUAUUGCAGACCCACGUUGGGGAGGUGCGGACCUUGUUUUCCCCUUCGCAACCUAUGAGGCCAAAGGGUGGAGUGGAGAUGCUAGAGAAGCACGCAGACAAGGCUGUUCCGCCGGAGCAGCCUACCUCGAUUUGCUAGAUAGUCUGGCACGUCAGCCCGGUAAAGUGGGCAAAAAGAGGGGAUUAUAUCAACCGGCUAGAACUCGCCUCAACCAGGUUUUCGUAUUUACAUCGUUUGGAGCACAUUGGCAUAUACUAGUUGGCUACAAGAGACGACGACUCCCCAAGGAGUAUGCAGGGCACGAAGGAUUUAGCGAUUCUGUCUACAUAUUCCAGAAAAUCUGGAGCGGCCGUGUCGUGACCCAGCGAAAGGCUUGGGAGCUCCUUUGCCUAGUCGACCAGAUCCAUCUCUGGGGUGUGACCGACUUCCGAGACUCAGUGAUGCAGUGUCUGAGGCCGUGGCAUGAAUUUGGAAGAAUCUGUUAUGCUCAUGAUGUGGCGUUUCACCAAAAACACCAUGAAGUGGACAAACUCACACUGGAAGGGAAAGAAUACUUCAUAAUCCCCAGGGCCGCCGCACAGCUCGGAGACUGGUCUCGAUACUUAACAGCAGACACUCGAGAGAAAUUGCAAGAAAGACUUACGUUUCAUUUUCGAGAAGCGUAUCGACGAGACCAGCAUGCUACAACCCAUGAUUGGCCUGCAAGGUUCUCCUGCUUCUUGGACGACUGUGGUCCAUUUGGGAAUCCGGGAUACCCUUUGCUGUCCGAGGAGGAUCUAGCGACUCACUUUCGCGAAAUACAUGGGAAGAAGGAAGCAGAAAUAACAUCUAUUUUGUGUUUGCGGGACGAGGUCGGAGAGUCCGAGACCGAUGUGAGUGUGAGUCUACCUCCGAUGCCGCAGAGAAAGAGACGAGGGGAUGAUGAGCCGGGCCCAUGUGCAAAGCGGUACAAGCUCAUAUCUAGUGAGGAUAUUGAAAUUGAGCAUGUGGUCGAAUUUAAGGAUUUCCGUCGAAGGCGCAGGAGUGCGCUCGAUGACAAAGAGAUCAGCUGUAUUGCCUACUCAAUCGGGAGUGAAAUGCUUGGAUUCUUCUAUGAAAAGGGGUUGAGCGCUUUUGCCAAGCCGCCAUAUAGGGAAGGCGGACUGAGGCAGCAGUAUCGCCAACAGUAUACGGACCCAUAA